GGAAUUGCCCACGUCCACGUUGGAAAUCCGGGUGCGGUGCGACCGAUUGGCCGAUCAGGACGUCUUCUCCAAGUCCGACCCGUUCUGCGUGAUGUUUCAGAAGCCCCGCGGGCAGCACGCCCAUUGGGUGGAAGUGGGUCGCACGGAAGUGAUCAAGAACAACUUGUCUCCGGAAUGGCAGACCAAGUUCAUUGUCAAUUAUUCCUUCGAAGAGCGACAGGAAGUCAAAUUUGAAGUGUAUGAUUGGGAUCAAGACUCCCGUAACUUAUCCGCUCAUGAUUUUUUGGGCCGUUGUCAAACCACAUUGGGCCAGAUUGUGGCCGCCAGUGGUCAUCAAUUCACGGCUGUCCUCCAGGAUUCGCCCGGUCGAGCUACGAGUCAUAUUUUUAUUACGACGGAGGAGUUGGGUGCCAAUAAGGAGGUGGCUUACAUUCAGUUGGCCGCCGAAAACUUGGACAAAAUGGACUUUUUUGGCAAGAGUGACCCCUUUUUCGUGAUCAGCAAAGGGUUUUCCAACGGUCGAUUCGUGGUGGUGAAAAAAAGUGAGGUCAUUAAGAAGACUCUCAAUCCAUCAUGGGCCCAGUUUUCCGUGCCCGUGCGCGACCUCUGUAACAACAACUACGAACGUCCAUUGAAGAUCGAUGUCUACGAUUGGAAUGCCAGUGGUAAAGAUGAUUUCAUCGGGUCCUUCAUGACCUCCCUUCGGUCUCUGUCCAGUGCGGCCAUUGAGCGCACCAAGUACCCGUGUAUCAACGAGAAGAAAGUGGGCAAGAAGAAGUACACCAACUCCGGGCUCGUUUAUGUCAAGAGCUACCGGACCGAGAAACAACUCACCUUCUUGGAUUACAUCCAAGGCGGUACGUCUAUGAAUUUCUCGGUGGCCAUCGAUUUCACCGCCUCCAAUGGCAAUCCUCAACACCCGAGUUCGUUGCAUCAUCUCCGACCUGGCUUUCUCGACAAUCAGUACACCGCGGCCAUCCGAGCUUGUGGCGAGAUCAUUGAGGAUUACGAUAGUGACAAAAUGUUUCCCGCCUUGGGUUUCGGGGCUCGUGUUCCGCCGUCCGGCAUGGUAUCGCAUGAGUUCUAUUUGAAUCUGCGAGAUGAUAAUCCCUAUUGUGCUCGAGUCGAUGGUCUGAUUCAGGCCUAUUAUAACGCUCUUCAAAGAGUGACCCUCUACGGUCCGACCAAUUUUGCGCCUGUUAUUCAACACGUGACGCGUUUUGCUCAAACUUACCAAGAUGGUCGACAGUAUUUUGUCCUGCUCAUUAUUACUGACGGCAUCAUCACGGAUAUGGACAUGACCAAGCAGGCGAUUAUCGAAGCCUCCAAAUACCCGAUGAGCAUCAUUAUCGUGGGCGUGGGUGAAGAGGACUUCUCGGCCAUGGAAGAAUUGGAUUCGGACGACAAGCUGUUAUCCUACUAUAAUCAAAAAGCCCAACGCGAUAUCGUACAGUUCGUGGAGCUCCGGAAAUUUCUUUCCCCGCGAGACCAAACAUGGGACAAGGCAAUGUUGGCCAAGGAGGUGAUGGCGGAAGUGCCCGGACAGGUAGUCGAUUGGAUGAAAUUCAAGGGCGUGAAACCAAUUGAAACCUAGGGCUUCGUUUUAUCCUCCCUAAACACACUCAAUCUCAGUGCAAUCGCUCCUCAUCAAUGUAGCUCGUUUUUUUACCGAUGCGCUUGUUAUUGAAUUUUUCACGUAUUAAUUCAUUGAACUCAUCUUGUGAUAUUUAUUCCUCUGUGUUCCUGCUCCUCCAAUCUUUGUGUGUCAAUCAUUGAAAUCAAAACUUCCAUCCUCUCCGA